AUGCCCCACCCGCUCAGCAGCACCCAGAUCCACACGGAAGUGGGCCCCACCCCGUUGGGUGAUGGGCACUCAGCCCCAGAGCUGAUGUGGUAUCUGGGGGCCUCAAAGAGAAGCGUCUUGGGAAACCACUUUUGUGAGUACUUCAUCAGUGACCCUCCCUGCAUGGUCCUGGACAAGCUGGAAUGCAAAGGCUUCCAUGUGCUGAGCAAGAGAGAGGUGGGCUGGACGCUGGUGUGGUGCCUGCACAAGGACUCACUCUCUCACACUGAGGAGCAGAUAGGACAUCCCUUUUAUGCGUAA